AUGUCAAGAGUCGAACAGUUAAGAAAGGAUUUGAAGCAAUUGCAUACUGGUUAUGGUUUAAUGAGUUUAACAUGGAGACCAACUCCAGUUCCUAAGGAACAAGCUUGGGAUGCUAUGCAAUGUGUCAUAGGAUUGGCUCAGGCUAGCGGUGUUAAGGCUUUCUUUAAUGUUGGUGAAUUCUAUGGACCAGAUUAUUCCAACUUGAAAUUGGUCAAGUCUUUUUUCGACGCCAAACCCGAAUUGCGUUCGCACGUUAUUAUCAGUUGUAAAGGUGCUAUAGAUGCAACGACUUUUACACCAAAGGGUAAAUCUGAAGAUGUGAUUGCCAGUGUAGAAAAAUGUGUUGAACACUUAGGUACCCAUUUGGAAAUUUAUGAAGUCGCAAGACUGGAUAAAUCCCUUGGUGGUGCAUAUCCUCGUGAAUCCUUUGAAGCUAUGGCAUCGCUAGUGGAUAAGGGAGUCAUUGAUGGUAUUUCGUUGAGUGAAGUGGACAAAGAUGAAAUUAUUGCCAUUCAUAAGGAUUGGGCUAAGUAUUUAGUCUGCGUGGAAGUUGAAUUAUCCCUGUUUAGUACCGAUAUCUUACACAAUGGUAUUGCAUCCAUCUGUAACGAUUUGGGUUUGAUUAUCGUUGCUUACUCACCACUGGGCAGAGGGUUAUUGACUGGUUCGAUUAAGAGAGAUUCCUCUUUCAAGGAUGGUGAUUUCCGUUCAUUAGUUAAAAGAUUUAGAGGUGACUCCCUACAACACAAUUUAAUCUUGACUGAAUUUUUGCAAAAGGAGAUUGUGGAUCAAAGACCUGCAUCUAAUCCAAUUACUUUACCACAGGUGGCGCUAGGUUGGAUUAAAGCCCUAAACGGUAGGGAAUAUUCCAAGACUCAUAUUGUACCAAUUCCAAGUGGUUCCGAUAGGAAGAAAGUUGAGGAGAAUUUCAACGAUUCAAAGACAAAGAUCACUGAAACUGAAUUUAACAAGAUUGGCGAUUUCUUGAAGGAGUUCAAAGUUGUUGGUGACAGAUAUGAGUUUUAA